AUGUUGGAGAGCGGUGCCAAAUUCACUGGAAUAAUUGGUCUAAACAACCAUGAUAACAACUUUGAUGAUUUGUCGCAAGGCUUUUACCACAAACUCCAUGAGGGUGAGGGUACCAACAUGUCCAUCGACAGUUUGCAAACUAGCAAUGAUGGAGGCUCUGUUGCCAUGUCUAUAGACAACAGCAGUGUUGCUUCAAAUACUAAUGAUUCUAAAACUCACAUCUUGAACCACCAAGGGCUGCGACGACGUGCAAAGGAUAACUACUCUGUUGCACAGAGUGUUAACCGCCGAGGAAGAGUCACACAUGCUCUUAGUGAUGAUCAACUUGCUCGAGCUCUAAUGGACAUCCAUUCCUCGACAGAGGGGCUUGAGAAUUACGAGGACUGGACAAUUGACUUAAGAAAGCUAAACAUGGGUGAAGCGUUUGCACAAGGUGCUUUUGGGAAGCUAUAUAGAGGCACUUACAAUGGCGAAGAUGUUGCUAUCAAACUUUUGGAGCGGCCAGAGAAUGACCCAGAAAAGGCCCAGCUGAUGGAGCAACAGUUUCAACAGGAAGUGAUGAUGCUGGCUACGUUGAAGCAUCCAAACAUAGUUCGUUUUAUUGGUGCCUGCCGUAAACCAAUGGUUUGGUGCAUUGUAACUGAGUAUGCUAAGGGGGGUUCAGUUAGGCAAUUCUUAGCAAAGCGGCAGAGCCGAUCAGUUCCAUUGAAAUUAGCAGUCAAGCAAGCUUUGGAUGUUGCGAGGGGGAUUGAAUAUGUUCAUGGGCUUGGGUUGAUUCACAGGGACUUAAAAUCUGACAACCUGUUGAUUUCUUCAGACAAAUCAAUAAAAAUUGCUGAUUUUGGGGUUGCCCGUAUUGAGGUGCAGACGGAAGGAAUGACACCAGAGACUGGGACGUAUCGCUGGAUGGCUCCGGAGAUGAUCCAGCAUAGGAAAUACACUCAGAAAGUUGAUGUUUAUAGCUUUGGGAUUGUUCUUUGGGAACUUAUUACAGGGAUGCUUCCAUUCCAGAACAUGACAGCAGUGCAGGCAGCAUUUGCAGUUGUGAAUAAGGGUGUCCGUCCUAUCAUUCCCAGUGACUGCUUACCUGUUCUUGGCGAGAUCAUGACACGAUGCUGGGAUGCCAACCCUGAUGUCAGGCCACCCUUCACUGAAGUUGUGAGAAUGCUUGAGAAUGCUGAGACUGAGAUCAUGACAACUGUUCGUAAGGCCCGCUUCAGGUGUUGCAUUACCCAACCAAUGACGAUGGACUGA